GGGAGGGGACAAGAGAGCUAGCGGUCCCGCCCGGUGAUGUAGGCAGCCGGGGGAGGUGGAGCCGCGACGCCUGAAGGAGUCCCCACCGCAAUCGCGCUCUCGGUCUACCCCUCCGAGCGACCAGCCGCCAGCCCCAGCUCCGGCGACUUCCUGCCGCCGCAAUUUGGGCGGCGGGGACUGCGGAAUCUCCCCUGUUCGGGCCUGGGGGGCGCCUCCACCACGCGCAGCCCCCUCCCCUCCUCGCUUCCCGGACGGCGGGAGCUACUCCCGCGGGAAGCUGUUCCCGGACGCUCGGCCGCCGCCCGGGCAUCUCGGCUGCCAGCCCGGCCGGGCACCGGGCACCGACUGGCUCCGGCGCCGCCCAGCUGCUCGCGACCCCGGGGCCGCGGGCUUCUGCUCGCCCUUCCCUCCCCCGGCCGCCGGGCAGGACGCCCGUGAGCUCCCGGUGCCCCCAGCCCCUUUGGCCGCCGACACCACCGCCGCCGCCGCGAUGCUGCCCUGGAGACGCAACAAAUUCGUGCUGGUGGAGGACGAGGCCAAGUGCAAGGCGAAGAGCCUGAGUCCGGGACUCGCCUACACGUCGCUACUCUCCAGCUUCCUGCGCUCCUGCCCGGACCUGCUGCCCGACUGGCCGCUGGAGCGCCUGGGCCGCGUGUUCCGCAGCCGGCGCCAGAAAGUGGAGCUCAACAAGGAGGACCCUACCUACACCGUGUGGUACCUGGGCAACGCCGUCACCCUGCACGCCAAGGGCGACGGCUGCACCGACGACGCCGUGGGCAAGAUCUGGGCGCGCUGCGGGCCGGGCGGGGGCACCAAGAUGAAGCUGACGCUGGGGCCGCACGGCAUCCGCAUGCAGCCGUGCGAGCGCGGCACCUCCGGGGGCUCGGGGGGCUCGGGGGGACGCCGGCCGGCGCACGCCUACCUGCUGCCGCGCAUCACCUACUGCACCGCGGACGGGCGCCACCCGCGCGUCUUCGCCUGGGUCUACCGCCACCAGGCGCGCCACAAGGCCGUGGUGCUGCGCUGCCACGCCGUGCUGCUGGCGCGGGCGCACAAGGCGCGCGCCCUGGCCCGCCUGCUCCGCCAGACCGCGCUGGCGGCCUUCAGCGACUUCAAGCGCCUGCAGCGCCAGAGCGACGCGCGCCACGUGCGCCAACAGCAGGGGGGGCAGGACUUGCGGCCCCAGUCCGGGCCGGCCUGA